UGGUCCGGGGUUCGAUCCCCGGCCGACGCUCUCUUUUAUCUCUCUGAGUCGGAAAUAAAAGCUGGUAAAGAGGAAAGGUUGGGCAUGAGGCUAGCAACCCCAUCUUGUAAAAAUAAACACUGCUACAAAGACUCCAAGCCUUUAGCUUGAAGCCCUAUGUUCCACUGGGAACUUGAAGGAAAAAAUCAAUUCGGACUUGGGACGGGGCACCUCAUUACAAUCAAUCAAUGCGAAAGUUCAAUUCCAUUAUAGAUAAUAUUUUAUUUUGAUAAAUCACGAACUGUGUUAUACAGUAAUAUUAACUGAUGAUGUUUUGAGCACAAACUAUUGCUCAUAAUUAUAUCAUAUCACUCACACAACUUUUUACUUCAAUUAUACACAUGAGUGAAAUUCAUGAUUAAACAUUUGAAUAAAAAUCAAUAUAAGAUAAUGCAUGUUCAGAAAUAAUAUGAGUGUUAUCAAUCAAAUACAAUCAGAUGGGAAAUAGGAUGUUUUUAUAGUCAAAAUAAGUAGAUUGUUAGAAUGUUAUGAUGUACGUGAAUUGAGAUAGAAUUUUAAGAUUAUUUAUUAUCCUCAUCUGAUUUGCGUUGAGUAAUUUCUGUUGCAUAUGUUGGAUGUAGAUUCUAUGAAGCAGGCAGGAUUCAGUCGUGCUCCAACUACCUAUGUUACUUCUUAGAAUUUUGACUUUGUCCCAUGCAUCCUAGUGUAUGUUUGUGUGUUGAUGCAUGUAGUGCUAUUGCUGAGCUGUUUUCUGAAUUGUUUAUCUUCUCGGGGUCAACCAUUCUUACCUUAGUUAAGUUCUUAUGUUCUGAUAAUCUCACUACUCUCGAUUUAUUAAUUUGACGUAUGUAGUUGACCUCACUCACAGUCAUUCCAAGGUAUUUUGUAAAUUAAAUAAUUUUGAUUUCAUUGAGUCCAUCGGGUCUUUUAGUUGUUGUUCGAGACAGUUACUUUUUUCUAUCCUAUUGUUUAUGUCUUUUUAUAUUUAUAGUCGAUAUGUAAGUGACAUAUUUAAACACACACGUAGUGCAAUAUACACAAUCAUGGUAAAUCAAAGAAUUAGUGAACCGUCUUCUCCAAAUUCAACAAAUGGUGAUGGCGAUGAUGAUAAUAGUAAUAAUAUCCUUCAUGGUAUCAAUAAUGGUGUUGUAAUCAACUGGAACAGCUAUCCAACUGAUGCAAACGGAAUCGAAGAUGAUAAUAAUGACGAUGAUCUGACCAAUCAGACAGCACCGAUUGGUUAUGUUUUACUAGGCAGUGAAGUGUUACACGCAGCGGAUGACGGUGGAGAUGACAGCGAAGCAGAUGAUGAUGAUGCAUUGUCAGUCAGUGAAAAUGAACAAACCGGAAAUCCUACCAUCAAUCAAAAUGAUUCAAGUAUACAGUCUUUGGAGAAUGACGGAGAUUCAAUCAAUCUAGAUAUUGAUGUUGAUCAACUACUUAAUCGACAGUUGGCUAGAACAGAAUUCGAGCCUCGUGGAGCAUUUUCAGACUCGAAUUUAUUUGUUGGUACAGUUGAAGACACAUCUCAUAUAGAAUUAUGGAAUGAAAAUACGCCUCCAUCAACAUCACAAAUCACAAUAACUCCAGACGAAGCAGAUAAGAUUAAAACCUGCAUGUCAAAUUUUCAACUACCAGUUUCACGAUAUCCUCCAUGGGCUACACAAAUUCCAGAAGAGCUAUGGAAAGCUAAGCUGCUUGAAAAACUUGGAAGUAAAUAUAAACCGUAG